AUGGUGCCAGGCUGGUUGCAAGGCGAGGUCACCAGCUAUGGCCUGUUGGGAGCAUUGCAACAGUUGGUGACCUCCAAACGAAUCGAAGUGGACACCUCCCUGGCGCCCUUGGCUGUGAAAGCGCUCCGGAACCUGCUAGUGCUGGUGUUGCACCACCCUGAGCUCGUGGCUUCUCUUGCAGACGAGCAGGAGGAGGAUGUGAAGGAGGAGCUGGAGGAAGAUGUGGAGAAUCCUGAUGUAGAGGACAGGGUGGAGCCAUCGGCGGAAUCAGCGCCUGAUCCGGAACCGAAGGAACCGAAGGUGGAGGAGCAAAAUCAGGAGCAAAAGCCCAGCGUGGUGCAAACCGAUGAGAAGGAGAAAGAGGAAGAACCCGAUGAGGAGGAGCCGACGAAGGGAAAACUGGAAGAAGAUGAGUUGGAAAAAGAUGUCACCGCCACCCUUGAGGAGCCGGAAGGGGGACGACAGGGCUCGGUCUACGACGCGCUGGCAAAGAGGACGGAGGAGUUGAGCGCGACAGCCUUGGAGGUGCCCCUUGCUGAGGUGGAGGAACGCUUGAGGCGUAGUCGAGUGAGAUGGUUCCUGGUGCGCUGGUCCCAUCAGUCCCAAGGCUUCCAAGCCAACCCUACGGAACACUACGUGCGGCUCAUCUCUUGGUUCAGACUCUGCAGCUCUUUGGUGGAUCACUUCCCAGUGGAGGUCCUCUCCCAGCUAUUGUCUCCCUUGUUGAGUCCGGCCUAUCGUUGCACCAGCGCCUUCAGAGGUGUCUCGUUGCCCGACGUGGUCUCCUUAGAGCAGGCCUUGGCGCUGGGUCCUGCGCAACGGCGUGGCUUCUUAGCCAACCUGGCUCAGAGCUUCAUCGAUGCCACCAGCGAAAAGAUGACCGCGGCAGGAAGGGCCGCGGACUUUGCGCAGGCGCUGAAUCGCAUCCGCAAGGCGGUGGAGCAUCGCCGCCAAGAGCGAGUGCAGAAGCGGCGCCUGCAGCCGGUCACGAACCCCGAGGCGGCGGCGGCCACGCGACGAGCAAAGAAUCGACGCAGGGCCGAAGGAAAGAAAAGAAAGAUGGAGGAGUUGAUCCACAACACAAAGGGUGGACGCAGCCCCGGCUCGUUUGCCAUGGAUGGCUUAGCGCUUUGUUGGAAUAUGUCGAGUCAAGCCUUGGUGAAGGGGAUCUAUUAUCGACGUUACCCUGAGACAGAGAAUGACUCGGAGAUGAACUCAAAACGGCCUCAGGUGCUGCUUCUGAUGGGCAUGGGCGGCACACAUGGCUUGUGGAAGUUUCAGUCCGAGUACUUUCAACAAUUUUGCCAAGUCUGUGCCCUGGACAACCGUGGCACCGGCUAUUCGAGCCAUCCAUCUGGGGAGAUGCGUUGGACCACCCAACGUAUGGCGCGAGAUGCCUUGGCCGUGUUGGAUCACCUGGGAUGGGAGAAGGUGCACAUCAUUGGAAUCAGCAUGGGUGGCAUGAUCGCGCAGGAGCUGGCCAUCGCGGUACCGCAGCGUGUGGCUUCGCUGGCGUUGCUGGCCACCUACUCCUCCGCACUCUACGCGCUGCCGACCACGGCAGCACUGGUGGAUCUGGCACGCUCCAUGGGGCUGCUGACGCGGGAUCUAAGGGAACAAGGAAAAGCCUCCAUGAGACUCAACUUCCCCGACGACUGGUUGGAGGGACGACGAUGCUCAGAGUUGCACGAGGGCAAGGAAGUGUCCAACAGCCGUUGGGUGAACAAGGCUUUCAUCCUGAUGACUUUGGAAGUGCCGGAGGAGCUGAAAAGCAAGGGCAUGGGGUCCUCCUCGCGGACUCGUACCAUGGAGAUGUUCAAACAGCUUCUGGCGGUGCUGACGCACCACGUCAGCGGUGGGCGCUGCGCCAGCCUGCGGCGCCUGGGCGUGCCGGUGCUGGUGAUGACAGGCAGUGAAGAUUGGCUGGUCCGGCCGGUGAACUCCCAGAUUAUCGCUGAUCACUUUGCAACCAAGGUGGAGGUGUUGGAUGGCCUGGGCCAUGGUCUGAUUUUCCAAGAUGCCCUUGCUGUGAAUGAACACCUGGCGAGCCACAUCCAAGCUGGUGAGGACUACUUCCAGAAGAAACCAGCUGUGAUAUCCAAGCUCUAA